UGUGAAUUCUUAAACAUAACUCAAUAAACCAAAGGUAGAGAAGUAAACAUGCCGAUGAGUUAUCUUGCAGUGUUUCUGAUACUGCUUCUUCCAAUUUCAUGUUCAUCUUCAGCUCCUACCUUGGUUGAGAAGAAAUUCAAGGAAUGCUUGAUAACCCAACUUGGUGGCAAUUCUCAAUCCGUUGAGAAAAUAAUCUUCACCAAAUCAUCCUCCCAAUAUCCCCAAGUCUUGGAAGCACGGGAACAAAACACUAGAUGGGUGAAUUCCUCAUGGAAGCCUAUUCUAAUUCUAGCACCUUUCCAUGAAUCAGAAAUUCAAGCAGCCAUUAGAUGCAGCAAAGAACUUGGGUUGCAACUCAGAGUCAGAAGUGGUGGCCAUGAUUAUGAAGGGCAAUCAUACCUUAGUGAGGUCCCAUUUGUCAUGGUUGACCUCAUCAACAUGCGUUCCAUUCAAGUUAACCUUUGUGAUGAAACAGCUUGGGUUCAGGCUGGGGCAUCGGUGGGUGAACUUUACUACCAAAUCUCAAAAGCUAGUAAAGUGCAUGGUUUCCCUGCAGGAACCUGUCCAAGUGUAGGGGUAGGUGGGCAAAUCAGUGGAGGGGGGCAGGGUGUCAUGUUGAGAAAACAUGGCCUGGCAGCAGACCAUGUUGUUGAUGCUUACAUCAUUGAUGCAAAUGGGAAAAUUCAUGACAGAAAAUCAAUGGGAGAAGAUGUUUUCUGGGCCAUCAGAGGAGGUAGUUCUACUAGUUUUGGAGUCAUCCUUGCAUGGAAGAUCAGGUUAGUUAGAGUCCCACCUAUUGUUACAGGUUUCAACCUUCGCAAAACAGUGGAAGAAGGAGCCAAUAAUCUCAUUCACAGGUGGCAAUACAUUGCACAUGAAUUGCAUGAGGAUCUUGUCAUUAGAGUAAUAGUUCAAAAUAGUGGUGACAAGUCAAAAACAUUGAGAGUACUCUUCAACUCUCAGUUCCUGGGAGGAGUAGACAGGUUGAUCCCACUUAUGAAUAAGAGUUUCCCAGAAUUGGGAUUGCAGGCCAAAGACUGCACUGAAAUGAACUGGAUUCAAUCAGUUAUGUUUAUUGCUGGAUACAACAUAGACGACCCUCUAGAACUCUUGCUUAACAGAACUACCACAUCUAAAAACUCUUUCAAGGCCAAGUCUGACUAUGUAAAGGAGCCAAUACCAAAAGAUGGCCUAGAAGGAGCUUGGAAAAUGCUUCUAGAGGAAGAAGCAGCAACCGUGAUGAUAUUCGAACCCUAUGGUGGUAUAAUGAAUGAAAUUUCAGAAUCUGAAACCCCUUUUCCCCACAGGAAGGGCAACUUGUACAACAUACAAUACUUGGUCAAUUGGAAAGGGAAUAACAAUGAAGAGAAGCAUCUACUUUGGGCUAAGAUGAUUUACAGAUAUAUGACUCCAUAUGUGUCAAAAUUUCCACGAGCUGCCUAUUUCAAUUAUAAGGAUCUUGAUUUAGGCAAAAACCUGCAUGACAACACAAGCUACUCAACUGCUAGUGUUUGGGGCGAGAAGUACUUCAAGGGAAACUUUAGGAGAUUGGCACAAAUUAAGACAAAGUUUGACCCCCAAAAUUUUUUCAGGAAUGAACAAAGUAUUCCUCUCCUAGAUGCCCAUCCUUAUUAAAUAAAAUGCAUGCAUGACAUUAUUGGGAGAGCCUAACAUUUAUGUUGUAUUUCAAUAAGAUGUGUGUUUUUAGUUCC